GGAAAGAGAAUGUUGCGGAGACCUGCUUGACUGAACUGUCAAGAGGGAGGGAAAGUGGGCACGCGUUCGCGCUCCCGGCCGGGAUCGGAAUCUGGCACGUGGGUCCGCGCUGGGGGUGAGGUGGGCAGACUCGCACCGCAUUUGGACUUGAAGCCCAGAGGCCCGCGCCCCCGGUAGUGGCCGUGGAGCCCGAGGCAGCGACCGAUCCAGAGCAGCUGCGACCCCCGCAGUCUGCCUACUGUCCUUGACCCUGUGGCAGGACUAUCCUGCAUGUGUGCUGAAGGUGAAAAACUGAAAGAAAGAAAAAGAUGUUUCCUUUGAAGGAUGCAGAAAUAGGUGCUUUUACCUUCUUUGCCUCUGCUUUGCCACAUGAUGUUUGUGGAAGCAAUGGACUUCCUCUGACCCCUAACUCCAUAAAAAUCCUGGGACGCUUUCAAAUCCUCAAGACCAUCACCCAUCCUAGACUUUGCCAAUAUGUGGAUAUUUCAAGGGGGAAACAUGAGAGACUGGUGGUGGUAGCAGAACACUGCGAAAGGAGCUUGGAAGAAUUACUUCGAGAAAGGAAACCUGUGAGCCCUUUGAAAGUGUUAUGUAUUGCAUUUGAGGUCCUCCAAGGGUUGCAGUAUAUGAAUCAGCAUGGCAUGGUCCAUCGAGCUCUAUCCCCUCACAACAUUCUCUUGGAUCAAGAGGAACAUAUUAAAUUGGCUAAGUUUGGACUUUACCACAUGACAGCUCAUGGCACUGAUGUUGAUUUCCCAAUAGGGUACCCAUCCUACCUGGCACCUGAGGUCAUUGCACAAGGAAUCAUCAAGCCCAGUGACCACACUCCAAGUGAAAAGCCAUUGCCUUCUGGCCCCAAAUCUGAUGUAUGGUCCCUUGGAAUUAUUUUAUUUGAACUUUGUAUGGGAAGAAAGUUAUUUCAGGGCCUGGAUAUUUCCGAAAGGCUGAAGUUUUUGCUUACAUUAGGUUGCAUGGAUGAUACUGUAACAGUUUUGGCUGAGGAACAUGGUUGUCUGGACAUUAUAAAGGAGCUCCCUGAAAAUAUGAUAGAUCUCUUGAAGAAGUGCCUCACUUUCCAUCCUUCUAAAAGGGCAACUCCAGAUGAUUUACUCCAGGAUAAGGUGUUCAGUGAAGUGUCACCUUUAUAUACACCCUUCCACAAACCUGCCAAUCUGUUCUCAUCUUCUCUGAGAUGUGCUGAUUUAACUCUGCCUGAGGACAUCAGUCAACUGUGUAAAGAUGCUGACAGUGAUUACCUAGCAGAAAGAUCAAUUGAAGAAGUUUAUUACCUCUGGUGUUUGGCUGGAGGAGAUUUGGAGAAAGAGCUUGUCAACAAGGAAAUCAUUCGAUCCAAACCACCUAUCUGCACACUUCCCAAUUUUCUGUUUGAGGAUGGUGAGAGCUUUGGGCAAGAUCGUGAUAGAAGUUCUCUUUUAGAUGACACCACUGUGACAUUGUCACUCUGCCAAUUAAGAAAUAGAUUAAAAGACGUUGGUGGAGAAGCAUUUUACCCCUUGCUUGAAGAUGACCAGCCCAAUUUGCCUCAUUCUAACAGUAAUAAUGAGUUGUCAGCAGCUGUCACUCUUCCUUUGAUCAUCCGAGAGAGGGACACAGAGUACCAGCUCAACAGAAUUGUUCUCUUCGACAGGCUCCUGAAGGCUUACCCAUACAAAAAAAACCAAAUCUGGAAAGAAGCCAGAGUUGACAUUCCUCCACUCAUGAGAGGUUUAACCUGGGCUGCCCUCCUGGGAGUUGAGGGUGCCAUUCACGCCAAGUAUGAUGCCAUUGAUAAAGAUACUCCAAUUCCUACUGAUCGACAAAUUGAAGUGGAUAUUCCACGCUGCCAUCAGUAUGAUGAGUUGCUGUCAUCUCCUGAAGGCCAUGCAAAGUUUAGACGGGUAUUAAAGGCCUGGGUGGUUUCCCAUCCAGACCUUGUGUACUGGCAAGGCCUUGAUUCUCUCUGUGCUCCUUUCCUGUAUUUAAACUUCAAUAAUGAAGCUCUUGCUUAUGCUUGUAUGUCAGCCUUUAUUCCAAAAUACCUGUAUAACUUCUUUUUGAAAGACAACUCACAUGUCAUACAAGAAUAUCUGACAGUGUUCUCUCAGAUGAUUGCAUUCCAUGACCCAGAGUUGAGUAACCAUCUCAACGAGAUUGGCUUUAUUCCAGAUCUCUAUGCCAUUCCUUGGUUCCUCACCAUGUUUACACAUGUAUUUCCAUUACACAAGAUCUUUCAUCUCUGGGAUACAUUAUUGCUUGGGAAUUCUUCCUUCCCAUUCUGUAUUGGAGUGGCCAUUCUCCAACAACUACGAGACCGGCUUUUAGCCAAUGGCUUCAAUGAGUGCAUUCUGCUCUUCUCUGACUUACCAGAAAUCGACAUUGAGCGUUGUGUCCGUGAAUCAAUCAAUUUGUUUUGCUGGACCCCUAAAAGUGCAACUUACAGACAACACGCCCAGCCCCCCAAACAAGCCACUGACACCAAUGGAGUGAGGAAUUCAGCACCUUAUUUUUCAAUCGAUUCUCAGGAUGCUCCCAAGACAGACCUGUGUAGAGAAUCUAUCCAGUUGAAUGACCUUAAGUCAGAGGUAUCGCCGCGGAUUUCAGCAGAGGAUCUGAUUGACCUAUGUGAGCUGACUGGCACGGGCCAUUUCAAAACACCUACCAAGAAAGCCAAAUCCAGUAAACCCAAGCUGCUUGUGGUUGACAUACGGAACACUGAAGAUUUUAAUCGAGGCCACAUUUCAGGCAGCAUCAGCAUUCCCUUCAACACCGCAUUCACUGCUGAAGGGGAGCUCUCCCAGGGCCCUUCCACUGCCAUGCUCCAGAACUUCAAAGGGAAAGUUAUUGUCAUUGUGGGAAAUGUGGCAAAACAUACAGCAGAGAACCCAAUGCCCAUUGGCCCCCAUGAUGGAUCUCGUUGGCUGGGCAUUACAAAUGCUGAUACAGGUGUACUGAACGGUAUGACCCAAAAGAAUUUCAGUGGGAGAUGUGAGGUGACUAUUUCCUUCCUUCAUCCAGAAAGGUCAUCCUCAGGACCCAUCAUCAUAAACCCAACUGUUUCAUGA